UUUUUAUUUAUAAAGAUGGGUAAAUUGUGUUAUCUAUGUAAUCGAAAAACGUCAAAUACAGAGAACAUUUCAUUACAUAGCUUUCCAAAACAUUUGACCGUACGUCAGAAGUGGUUAAAUGUAUGCGGAUUAAGUUUAAACGACGAUGUAUCACAUAGUUAUAUCUGUUCUAUUCACUUUGCUGAAACGGAUAUAAAUAAAUGUAAUACCUUUGGAAGAAGUAAAUCUGUAAUUAAACCUGGAGCAGUCCCUUCAAUGUUUAUAACAAAUCCUCUUGUCAUAGAGGAAGAAGUUGAUCGAUUGUCAUCAGAAACAUUUACAAAUGUGACUGUAAAUGACAGAUGUAAAUAUACUUUGUCUGAAACUGAUGAUACAGUUAAAGUUUCUGAUAAAAAUUCUAAAUCCACACUCGUGGAAGAUAAAUCAUUUACUUAUAAAAACGAUGAUGCCAAUAAUAAAGCACCAAAUGAUAAUAGCCACAGUACUUCCAAAAGACAACGAAUAUUUUUUGAACCUCGUUAUAUUUCGGAAAUUACAGUGACAGAUUUUACAUCUCCGAAAAGGGCUAAUAGAGUUAUCAAAUUAAUAAAAGCGACAGAUCAACAAAAAUCAAAGCGUAUUAAAAGUUUACAAGAUCAAAUGAGGAAACUUAAAAAACGCGUUAAAUUUUUACAAGAUGUAAUGUCGUCUCGUUUGAAGAAGAAAAAAAUAAUAUCUGAAGAAAGCGAAGACACUUUUACGCAAACUGUAUUCGCUGACAACGCAAAUCCAAAUAUAAUUUUGAACAAGAUGGAAGUGGAUGAUGGCCCAUCGGCUAUCAAUACUAAUCCUAGUAGUAUAAAAGCUGCACAAGAAGAAAUGGGACGUUUAGAUAUCUUGGUCUGUGGUCAAUGUCAUUCUGUUUUUCAUUUUAUUGAAGAAUUUCAAGAACAUCGUACCAAGGAAGGAGCUUGUUCACAAGUAUCACACUUUCGUGAGAAUACUAAUAAUGAACAAAAAGCACAAGUUUGGGCCUUUCUUUUGUGGAAAGACACACAAAUUCAACAAGAAGGUUCAGAUAGGGAUUCGACCAAUUCUUGGAAACUUUAUCAAAAAUGGUGUAAAAUGGAUACACAUAUUAGAGAUUCGUGGAUAACGGCGGGGAAAACUAUUCAAACAUUUACUAAAAUUAGUAAUGCAAAAAUGCAAGAAGUUCCAAGACAAACAAAUUCUAAUUUGGAAGGAACAAAGCCAAUAGUAGUACGUAAAGUCAUAAGAAAUGGACAACCAGAAGAAGGAUCUGAUACAAAAAAAGAUGUUAGAUCUUCUGAAGUAAAAUCACAAAAAAGUUUAGAAUCUAUGGAAAGUGAAGUUGAUAAGAAAGAAAAGCCAAAACUUAAGCCAUCUGUUAAACCGAAGGGUAAAUCUUCAAAGGCAACGGGAGAAGAAGAUAGAGAUUCUAGUAAUGAAGAAUAUAUUGUGGAAAAAAUUUUAGCUAAACGAUUUAAUCCAAAGAAGAGAUGUUCAGAAUAUUUACUCAAAUGGGAAGGUUAUUCGCAUGAGAGCAAUACAUGGGAGCCUGCAGAAAGUGUUGCAACUUGCAAGUACUUAUUAGAAGAAUUUGAAAGAAAUUUAGCAAAACAAAAGGAACUGAAAGCAGCACAACAACAAGCAAGUACUAAAUUAUCAGGGAAGGUUGCAGCACAAAAAGCUAUAAUAAAAUCAGCAGAUGCUAGUAAACCAGGUCCAAGCAAUGUGGCUCAAGCAGGACGCCCUAUGCGCUCGAGUAAAUCUAAAGCAAUGGACCAAGUAAAACAGUGGUGUGGUUCAAUGAAAGACGAGGAGAGUGACAUAUUAGGAAAAAGAAGAAUAGAUUAUUCUGAUAGCGAUUCUGAAGAAGCUGGCAGUAGUGCCGCAAAAAGGGCAAAGGGUGAUACAGGUAGCGACGAAGAUUGGACUGGAGAAUCAGAAGAAGAAAAGCUGAUAGGACGUAGUGAUGUAAUACAACGUGCAUUUAACCGUGCAAACGCGCAAUCUAAUGGUUCGAACAGGACUGUUUCUACUACUGAUCUUGCAACUUCAUUGGGACUGCAGUCACCAGAAGGGGCAAAAUCAAGUCAACCUCCAGUAUUAGUCGCCAAUGCUAAAGGCGUUGUUAAAGUAGAUCCUAAACAAAUGCCAAAUCUAACAUCUGGUGUUUAUGUAAUGUCUCGAAAGGAUGGCAUUAUAAAAUUAGACUCAUCUCCAAGUGGAAAACUAGCUGUAAAGGGUUCUCCCACAACACAAGGUGUUUUAAUGGUACAAAAUCGGGAUAAUACUAAUGUUGUAAGAAAACAAGUUAUUUCUGCGACGCAAUCAAACUCAAUAACUCCCGUGAAAGUAGUUUCGAAAAUGGAUGGAAGUCAAGUAGUAACACAAAUGAAAGUAGUUUCUAAGCCAAUUGCAUCUAAAACAGGAGGUAUACAAAAAUCAGAACCUAUUAAAAUACAACCUAAACCAGAUCCAUCACAAUUACAACAAAUACAUGUGGUGACUGCAGUACCAGCUCCAAUAACGUUACAACCAAGAAUAAGUACAGGUAUACGACCUAGUCCUGUUGCAGUAACGCGUGGCGCGGAUGGUCGUCCUCUGUUACCUAGACCAACACUACGUGCAGCUACCCCAACUAGUGUCCUCGGUAUCGGAUCGCCCAUUCGUACUCCUGUUAGAGCGCCAGCUCCUAGACAACUACAAGGCCAACAAACACGACAAGUGCUACAGAAACGUACAACAGUUGUAAAUACUCAAGCUAGUUCACCUAGUACUGCAACGGUGACUCCUGUCAGACCGAAAUUUACGGUACUUAGUUCACAGGGGAAACAAGUUAUUAAAUCUGGAAGUCCUGCACAAAAUAAACAAUCACCUAAAUCAUCAUUGGGCAAACCGCAGUCUUUAUUGUCGCCACAACAAAAAUUGUUAAUGGCAAAGAGAAAAGCACAGGAGGCAGCAGGUUUGAUUAAGCCAGGUGGACGUGGCAUAUUAGCUGGUAAUCGUGCGUCGGCUGGACGUGGUAAGGCUAAAGCUGUUGAAUCGCCAACAGUUAUUGCUCCAGGUAACAAACCUAAAGAAAGUAAAUUAGCAGAAGGGGACGGACUUCAUAUGGAAUUUCACGAAGUUGGUUCCGAGGAAAGCAGUAGCGAAGGUGAACCAGAACUUCCUCCACCCGAGGCAGAAACAAUUACAGCUGCUGAACCUGAUAGCCCGCCACGACCAUUUACUUUGUGUCCGUUAACUGGACGUAUAAUCGGACCCGAUGGUGAACCGGUUGAACAGCCUGCAGAAGCUGAAAGUGAACCAACACCUUCAACAACUUUACCAAAUGUUAAAACCGUAACAACUCCAUCGGAAAGCACAGACACCGUUGCAACAACAACUACUGCUGAAUUAGUGUUACCUUCUCUUGAUUCCCUUACAGAAGGUGGUGGUAUUAUGAGAGUAGAAAUGAGUCCAGGAGGAACAACAGGUACUAUUGUUCAGACUAGCGAACCAGCACAAAUUCAUUUACCAAAUGAAGCAGUAUCUGCUCCAGAUCUUCCUUGUUUAGAUGAUACAACAACAAAUACAGUAACACCAUCAACCACAACUGUAUCAACAUCUUUAACAGAGACACCAGUAAGUGAAUCUACCAAUACAACAGGAGUAACAUCGGCCGCAGUAACAUCAACUACAACUAUAUCGGUUGCAUCUACUGAUGUAAAUAAGCCAGAUGAAAAAAUGCCAGAAGAAAGAAAAGUAACAGAAGACACAUCUAAUUUAGUAACAAUAACAGGAGAAGAUGGUGUAGUAUAUCAAGUAACUGGACAAGCUGAUGAUGGUCAAACCUUAUUAGUAACGCGAGGAGCAGAUGGUGAACAACAAUGUGUAUAUGUUACUACCGAACAACAAGGAGAUGAAGGAUCUGUUUUAACAUUGGACCAUGCUGUUGCCGAGGCUGUCGCACAAUUAAUACCAGAUCAAGUCAAUCUUACGUCACAGUUCUAUGUAAAGGAAGGUGACGCAGAGCCUACCGAAAAUCCAAUGGUAAUGUCUAUAAUGGACAAUACGAAUGCUACGGAUGUUACCGGAAGUCAAGAGGAUAGUGAUGGGCAAGCACAAGUCGUGGCACAAGUUGUACAGGCAGAAGAACCAACACCAGGUGGAACUAGAAGAGUGGUAUUACUUUUGCCAGAUGGAAAUUUAAUGAUGACUGAAGUUGACGAAGAACAAUAUGCUGCGCUUGAACUCGACAAAUGAAGAUUUGUAUCGUUUAGACACAUGUGAAGAGAAGGAAAAAAAAAGAAAAAAGAAAUGACAAACAAACCCUGUGUCGAA